AUGUCCAUAAAAGUUUCAGAGUUUUUGUAAAUGGAUAGAUUAAAAGAUUAUUUUUAAAAAAUAUAAGAGGAGGAAGAUAGAAAAUAAAAGAUUUAGGAACUUACUUCAAAGUUACUAGAUAAAUCACAAAAGAGACUUAAAUUGUAGAAUAGAAAAUAACGAGUUGAUUAGAGAUUUAAUGAUAAACUAAAAAAUAUGAAAGAGCUCAAUACAUUUAUUGAUGUCAGACAAAAAAUUGUUGAAUCUAAUGUAUUGAAUGAUGUGAAGUUAAUCGAUUAAAUAUAAAUGGAAUUUAAUAAUACAAAAACGAAGAACGAAGAGGAAUGGUUAUAGAAACAAUUGAAUUAUGAUCCCGCUAAAAAGGCUUAGAAAAGACUCUCCUUCUCAACAUAUUCAACCAAGAACAUCUCAUCAUUGAGUACCGCUGCUCCAAUGAAAAGAGUGCUUGACAAUACUUUUCUUACUUAAUCCAUAUAGAACUUCGUAACUGACCCCAAAUCUACUGCAUCAUAAUUAGGCAAUGGUACAUAUAAUCUUGACACCUUGGUUGAGAAUGGCUUACUUUCUAAAAAUUAGAAUUCAAUCAAACUCACAGUCUCUAAAUAUUAUUCAAAAUAUUAAAAUAAGACCAAUGAAUUCAUUAAGAAUAUGAAAUUACACUGUAUUGCAAAAUAUAAGCCAAUCUAAGAGUAAAUGAACAAAAAAGAAAACAAACUGUCAAUUAAUCCUCAAUAUACACCAAAUCAUCAAAGAGGAAGACCCCAAACCUGUUUCAUUAGUGAGACUCUUUAAUUAAGAUCUUAGAAAAAAGAAAUUCAAUAGUAAUCACAUUCAGAAAAUUAAAAAACUGUGCUUAAAGAGAAUGUGAACAGCAAUGCUGAAAGAUCUUCCAUUGAAAGAACAAAAAAACUAUAAACAAUGAUAAACUUCUAUGAAAAUUAAAGUGGGUAGGUUGAUAAGAGGUUCAAAACCCCGUAGUAUCGUAAGAGGAUAGGUUAAUCUUUUCUUAAGUUUAAUAAGUCUUUAACAGAAGUGGAAUCGGAACUAAAUAAAUCUAGUUAGAGUAACAAUGACAUCUUAAGGAAGAUGGAAUCUAUUGUAACUGAUGUUUAUGAUAGAUAUUAAACAUAAUACAGCUCUUAUAAUUUUUAUUGA